ACCACUGGAUUCAACUUCCGGCUGCAUCGUCCUCUGGAAAUCACAACAAUGGGCAGUGUUUUGGCUGCCAGCUCCCCCAACCCUCCGCCCCCGUCUUCCGGCGGUGUGGCUGCUGCCCCAGGGUUGACGGUGCCUCCCGGCUUUGGGAUGCCUCCAGUCUCCUCGGUUAUACCGCCUGAUGGGGCAGCCUCAGAGCAGGAGGCAGAGAACCCUCUGCCCAACCCGGGGGCGUUCGAUGAGUGUCAUCGCAAGUGCAAAGAGGUGUUCCCUAUGCAGAUGGAGGGUGUCCGGCUAGUUGUCAACAAAGGCCUUAGCAACCACUUCCAGGUGAAUCACACGGUGCUGCUGAGCACCACCGGGGACUCCACCUACAGGUUUGGAGCCACAUACGUAGGAACAAAGCAGAUGGGUCCAGGAGAGUUUUUUCCAGUCAUGGUGGGAGACAUGGACAACAGCGGCAGCCUUAACGCUCAGAUCAUCCACCAGGUCGCCAGCAGAAUACGAUCCAAAUUGGCCUUCCAGACGCAGCAAAACAAGUUUGUGAACUGGCAGGGAGAUGCAGAGAUUAAAGGAGAAGACUACACUGCGACCAUCACACUUGGAAACCCAGAUGUCCUCGUCGGCUCUGGGAUUCUUAUAGCGCACUACCUCCAGUCCAUCACACCGGCCCUGGCUCUAGGGGGGGAGCUGGUGUACCACCGCAGGCCGGGGGAGGAAGGCUCUGUGAUGUCUUUGGUGGGCAGAUACACAGGAAGUAACUACAUCGCCACAUUGACCCUCGGCUCAGCGGGGGCUCACGCUUCAUAUUAUCACAAAGCCAACGAGCAGCUGCAGCUGGGGGUGGAGUUGGAGGCGAGCAUGCGCAUGCAGGACACCAGCGUGUCGUUCGGCUACCAGCUAGAUGUGCCUAAAGCUAAUUUACUGUUCAAAGGUUCAGUAGACAGUAACUGGGUGGUGGGUGCGACGUUAGAAAAGAAGCUGCUCCCACUGCCGCUCUCUCUGGUCCUCUGCACCUUCCUCAACCACCGCAAGAACAAGUUCCAGUGCGGCUUCGGCGUCACCAUCGGUUAGAACGACUCCACCCAACGGACAGACUCACGAGCGGACAUGAACACCACUGUGUCCCAUCCUUCAAUCUGUCACUCCAUCCUGACAUUAUCAUGCUCUCAGUUUCAUCUCAUGGUGAACAGAAGGUAAUAAUUUAAAUCAAAUACUGUCUGGGUUAAUAAUGAUCAGAAGUGAAAUGAAUAAUGUGAUUGGUCAGGAAUAUUUCGACGGUGGACUCGGUUGGACAGAAACCAAUAGGCUGUAGAGAUGUAAUCACAUGAAGAGUCCUCACAGAGCUCUCUGUUUCUGUCACUGAGCUCGGUGCCUGUCGCUCUAGUCUUGAAUUUUAUUCCUGCUUAGUUUUUUUACUGUUAAAUCUGUCUUGGCGUGCGGUGAAUGAAAUUGUUGUGUUUGUUAAAAGGUGAUUUAUUGGUUAAAGGUUUAGCAGCCAACAGGAGGCGGCAGUACAGCAUGUCACGUUCAAAACCCGUCACUUGUUUUGCCUUUUUUAUGUUACAUACAUAUGGAACAGUAUAUAUGUCCUGUAUAUACCUCUUGGAAACUGAUAAAUACCAUUUCUUACAAAAAACCCUUUGUCUCGUUUCCUUCAAUCGAACUCAUCAAGUGUAUAUGAGUAUUAUAAAGACUGCUCAAGUAAGUUUCCAUUUUAUUAGUAACAUUUGGGAAAUAGUUCAUGUUAAUUCAAGGUUGGAAAUAUGCUUGAAUUCAAAUCUACUGAACUUCUAGACGACUGCUUGUGUAAAUCAAAAAUCUCUGAACACAUGAUAGGAAACAACCCUGACGUUGUAUUUGGUUUCCCAAAAUGUUGACUAAAAGUUGUCACCCUUGCCAGCUUAUUUUAAAAUACCACAUUGUAAUAAAUACAAAUGAGUACAAAUGAGAUUCAGUCAAAUAAACAAGUUUAGUGUUUGUUUCCACAUAUUAAAAAUGAUUCUUUGCUUUGUCAAUACAAUGUGUUGAAAUGAUGGAACAUGGCCUGUAAUUGUAUUUAUUUUUACAUUUUGAUUUCUUAACGCCUUAAGAAACCUUGACUGUAUAAUUGUGUUGACUUAAACUUUUUUUUUUAUCUUCACAAGAGGUUAAUCUAUAAGUGUAAAGUAGCAUAAAAUUAAAGUAUCUCAAAAUUC